AUGCCCACACCAUGUUUAUUAAAACACCUUUGCUCCAUCAGAGCUUUGGUCCCUGGUCUUUCUUUCUUUCUUUCUCUCUCUUACUUUCUUAUCGUUGACUCCGGGCCACCAGGUUCUGGUCCAAUAAAGGACCAACAAGUGGCGCCCAGAAACAGGGACUUGGUACACGUGGCGGAUUCAGAUGGAGUGACCCCCCAGGCCCUAUUGAGCCUGGUAAGUACUAAGACAUGGGUCAGUUGGCUGGAAAGCCCCCUCACUUUUCUACUUUACUUCAUCACUUAUUUAUUUUUUUAUAAAUUUUUUUUUAAGAUUAGAAACUGCUAUUUCCUGUACUGUAAUCAGAGAAAAAGAUAA